UCGAGCUCGGCACUGACUUGCGCUAUUGACCAUUGCAUAAUUUCCCGCCGCCUUAUAAGGCACGGCUCAUCGACCACGACCUUCGAGCCCGCCAACCGUCAUCCAAUACCCUCGAUCACCGUCCCUCGCCUCCCUACCUGAUCAUCAACCCUACACCAAUGCUUUCCGUGCCGAAGCAGCGCGAUCUAUCACGUUCGCCACCGCCGUGCGCGCCUCAAAAGAACAAGGAUGCAGCUGGAUCCCUUCAGGAGGCGCCUCCACAACGCGAUCAACAUGAUGCUCUCUUGCUUAGGUCCUUGCAGCUUCUGCUUCCCUACCACGAAGAACGGAAGGGUGAUUCUAGUGAGAUUCGCAAAGUCUUCGCGCAGCUUCGUGCCGACCUCUGCGAGCGUGUCCGAUGGGUUGCCAAUGUCGAGCUCACGACCGCCGUCGGAUACGACGUCGAUGGUCAUACAGUUUGUCGAAGGGAUCUCUGGUAGAGCUCGGUUUGAG